AUGCCUUCAGAAGAGUUUGUUCGUGGGAUGCUCUACGUGUCCCUCACUGUCGUAGGAAUUCCCGGUAACUCUGCUGUCGUACUGGCGUUCCUCCUGUUGCUCCACCAGGAGAGUCGGCUGCUGCCAGCCGAUGCCAUUGUACUCCACCUAGCUUGUGCCAACCUGCUGGUCGUGGUUGUCCGCUGUUUGCUAGAAACCAUCGCCUCUUUCCACCUGGCUGUCAUUUACACAGAUGUCAGCUGCAAAGCGGUCAUCUUUAUCUACAGAACAUCACGUGCCCUGUCGAUUUGGCUCACCUGUGUCCUGAGCGUCUACCAGUGCCUGAGCAUUGCCCCCCCUGGAUCAUGCUGGGCCUCCAUCCGCUCCUUUAUGGCCAGCUACUUGGGGUUAGUUUUCUUCUUUCUGUGGCUUCUCAACACCUGUAUGAGCUCAGCAGCGAUACUCUUCUCCUCCAGCACCCAGAGUAACUUCAGCCUCCUCAGCCACGGCAUCAAUGUGCAGUUCUGCUACGUGCACUUCCCUUCCAAGCUGUCCAAAGAAGCCAAUGGGGCCACCCAGGUAGGCAGAGACGUGGUGCCCAUGGUCCUCAUGAGCCUGGCCAGUCUGAUCAUCCUGGUGUUCCUCUAUAAGCACAGUCGGCAGGUGAAGGGGCUCCGCAGCAGCAGCGGGGGCAGCAGUGGGGCUGAGCGACGAGCCGCCAAAGCCGUAGUUGCACUUGUGACCCUGUACGUGGCGCUUUACGGGAUAGAUAACGGGCUUUGGGUGUACACGCUCACUGUGACUAAGGCCAUGAGAUAUUCGCUGAUCUCUGACCUGCGUAUAUUCUUCUCGUCGCUCUAUGCGGCACUAAGCCCCCUGAUCAUUGUUGCGUCCAACAGGAAGGUGAAAGGCAGGCUGCAGUGUGCGGUGCAGAAGAAGCCCGCUCAGGAAAAAAACACGACCAUCUCUGCUGGGGGGACAGGGCAUCUGGGUAAGCUGUGA